AUGGUUCCGGACGUGGCGUACCAGUUGGGUUUGCCAGUGGACGGGCGUUACGUGAGCGACUGCCUAUCAGAAUUCCAGAUAUACAUCCAGGGUGGCCGUCCAGCUUGGGUGUGGUUUCAGGAGUUGCUUGGAGUGAUUCCUCCUCCGAGCCAUGGUCAGAAGUACGCAGUAAACUGCAGCUGGUUCCAGGAGACUUUUGGAGAGUGCCCCGAGGGAGCCGAUGAUGAGACUGUGCGGCGAUAUGCCCCUAGGCUUGAGGAGAUGGGAUCCUACAGCUGGGGGUCUGCAGCACUGGCAUGGUUGUACCGGUGCAUGUGCCAAGUGGCGAACAGACAUGUGGUCAAGUUAGCGGGCCCACUACAGCUACUUCAGUCUUGGAUCUUCUGGCGAUUUUCUCGGUUUAGGCCUGCAGGGUAUGAGACGUUCAGCUGGCCAUUGGCCUCGAGGUGGUCAGGUUACAACCCUUCCGGUAGCGAGAAGGGUCCUAGAGUGCAGAUUUGGAGGCUGAGGAUAGACAGGUUACAGGACAGGGAGUUUAUCUGGAUGCUGUAUAGCAGCCCCGACGUACUUCAGGUUGUGCAUCCAGAGGCUUUGGAGCCUCGGCAUAUGGAGUUGUGGCGGUCUGUGACGUCACUGAUAUACUUUGCCGUCAUAGAGUGGCAUCAGAUCGAUAGGGUUCUUCCGCAGUUCGGCGGGGUCCAGCCCCGUCCGCAUCCCGCCCUAAACAUCGACUUUCUGAUGUCGAAGGACGGCAGAGGCGGCGAUCGAUAA